AUGGCACAAGCGACCCAAAAUACCAUCACAAAGUUUGAGAUAGCCGGGAACUCGGGCAGUUCGUAUCCUUUGAUCAUCUUUUUCCACGGCUCAGGCGAUUCCUGUGAGUCUUGGGCGGCGUUAGCAGAACUCCUUUGUCCUGCGUACCAGCUCUUGCUCUGGGAUAGGCAAGAUCCAUAUGUCAGAACCGACAUAGCUAUCUCAGAACUGUUGGAGUUUCUCGAUAGUAGCGAUACGCCCAAGCAAUAUGUGCUAAUCGCGCAUUCAUACGGCGGCACCUUCGCCCGGCUCUUCCUCGAAGCGAGACCGCAACAAGUAGCGGGAAUAGUCCUCGCUGAAACGGGCGCAGAGCCAACGAUAGACGCCCAACUCGAACAAAGACAAUACGAUAAGAAGAUCUUGGGGAACAAACCACUCGUCGUCAUUCGAGGCAACACUCUGAAAUGGAAACAGCUACAGUAUGAUCAGGCCAUCGCUGCAGAGCAGAACCUCGCCAGCCCAACCCUGCUCAUGCAGAAGAAGCUCUUGGACGCGACGGACAAGGAAGAUGAGAGGUUGAAAAAGGCACAGCUGCAACUCUCUAGAAAUAAUCGAUAUGUGCAUAUCCCGGAUGUCAGUCAUGAUGUGAUUAUUGAGAAGCCGGAAGCUGUGAGGGAGGCUGUUUGUUGGGUCAUGGAGCAUUUGCAGACUGGUGAGGAAGAGGUGCGGGAGGAUGAGACACCAGUGCGUGUCGCAGAAGAGGGCGAGACUGUUGUUAAGAAGAGCUUUGGGGAUAGGUUGAGAGGAGCGAAGAAGUUGUCUUUGAGGGGAAGUCUGUUCAAGCUGUUCAAGAAGUCUGAUAAGUGA